GCUUUAUUUCGCUCGAGCGUUUCCGCUUGAUAAGUCUGCAGGGGAAGCGGUGAUGAUGACAGUAGUGAUUCUUUAACUGUUUUCUUAGGAAUACCUCUUCUUCUCCUUCUUUUGUAUAUAUAUAUAUUACUUACUACAUUGACUAUAUAUCUCAUUGCUGGUGGUAUCCGGGAAGUCGCCAUACUACUACAACUUCUGUCGUUUGGCACAUACACACCGAUAUAGGUCUCUUAUAGUUUGUUAUGCACUACUACCACCUACUACGUUAUGACUGCUAGCGAUAGUGAUGACGGCAACAUCACGGUUGCCUCCUAUGUCCUAGGCACGAUUGGCACCGUCCUCUGGUGCAUCCAGCUAAUUCCUCAGAUCUGGUAUAAUUGGCGACAGAAGAAAACCGAUGGGUUUCCGCCUUUGAUGAUGCUUUUGUGGGCUUCUUGUGCCGUACCGAUGGGUGCUUAUAUGGUUUUGCAAGAGGUCAAUUUACCGCUACAGAUCCAGCCGCAGAUUUUUGGCUUCUUUUCGCUGGUGAGCUGGGGGCAGAUAUUAUACUAUAAUCAUAAUUAUACUUGUCUCAAGGCAACGUCGUUAGUUGUUGGUACGGCGAUGUUGUUUGGUGGGAUUGAGACGUUGUUAAUUCUCACUUUGAGGAUACCUUAUAAUAAGGGUGUGACCUGGCCGGACCUGGUGGUUGGAGUCGUUGCGGCAAUUCUACUAGCAUCUGGGCUUGUGCCGCCGUAUUUUGAACUGUGGAAGAGAGAUGGUCGGGUAAUUGGGUUCAAUUGGGUGUUUCUGUCCAUUGAUACCCUGGGAGGACUGUUCUCGCUGUUCGCUCUAGCUGCCCAGGGAUCGUUCGAUAUUCUCGGAGGGAUCAUGUACAUUCUCGUGGUCGUCCUCGAGGCAGGAAUAUAUGCAAGCCAUAUCAUAUGGCGGAUUCGAUACCGCGCAGUACGCAAGGAAGCCAAGGCAUCUGGCAGAAGCAUCGAUGAAGUGCUGGAGGAGCGAAAUCAGGUCGAAACGCCUCAGGAUAAUAAGAAAGAUGGGAUCAUUUCUCAUCACCGAGGGAACAACAGCCUUGUGCAGCAGCAGCAGCAGCAGCAUUCGGAGCUAAAAGUAACGCAAAGCAUUUCGGAGGGAAAUGCUGCUGGUGCCUGAAAUCUGUGGCAGCGGAAAAUGGGUGGCAGGUGAUAGGCGUUGCGGGUGCAUCUGCCAUUCGCUACUAUAAAGUACUUACUUAACUUACACUACGGAGUACAGAUCUGAGAUAUCGCAUCUCGACCUGAGACCCGCCCAACGGUCCGAAAGAUGCGAGGCAACUACUACUACAUAAGAACAAAAGAACAAAGAAAAAGGAAAUGGAUGGAUAGAUAGUCAAUCAUACAUCAAGACCCAUUUUCUAGGCCUGAAACGCAGCGAGAAUGUUGCGGACAGGCCGCUGGACAGAGAUGCAUGUGCGCCGUGGCAGCUGGACGGUGCUAAGGGAUCUUAGUUUGCCUUUGGGAUGUCGCUAGUCAUGCAAUUGAUCG